CACCAACAGAGCAACACUACGCUUGUGCUGCGUUCUUCUACCGUGAAGGUGCUUGGUAUUUCCUCCCGGCUACUAUGGCAGAUACUAAUAUUGUGAUUUUGUCUGCGGUGCGGACUCCCAUUGGGAAAUUUUGUGGUGGCUUAGGAGACAUGAAGGCUUCAGACCUUGGAAGUAUAGUCAUAAAGGAAGCCUUGGACAGGGCAAAAAUUCCCCCAAAAGAUGUAUCAGAAGUCAUUUUAGGACAGGUCCUAACAGCAGGACAAGGACAGAACCCAGCAAGACAAGCUGCUGUAGGAGCAGAUCUGCCUUAUGAAGUACCAGCAUCUUUAGUAAAUAUGCUUUGUGGCUCAGGACUGAAAUCCGUUGCUUUAGGGUAUCAGGCCAUAAAACUAGGUGAAGCAGAUGUGGUUGUUUGUGGUGGUCAGGAGAGUAUGACUCAGGCCCAUCAUGCGGUGAAACUGCGUCAGAAAAGUAUGGGGAACAUGGAUAUGGUCGAUACUAUGCUCAUCGAUGGGCUUGUUGAUGCCUUCCACAACUAUCAUAUGGGAAUCACUGCGGAGAAUGUAGCAAAGCGAUGGAAUAUUUCAAGAGAUGAACAAGACAGAUUUGCUGUGUUUAGUCAACGAAAAACAGCAGAUGCUCAGAAAGACCAGUGUUUCAAGGAAGAACUUGUCCCUGUUUUGAACUUGAAAGUGCCUCUUCAAGCAGAUGAAUUUCCGAGAAAUGAUACAUCUUUAGAAGGGCUAAAAAAGUUGAAACCAUGUUUUCUGAAAGAUGGGACUGGUACUGUAACUCCUGGUAAUGCAUCAGGGUUGAAUGAUGGUGCAGCAGCACUAGUUUUAACAACAGAAAAAGAAGCUAAAGCCAGGGAACUGAAGCCACUAGCUAGGAUUAUGGCUUGGGCUCAGACAGGAGUUGACCCAGCUGUUAUGGGAAUUGGACCUGUGUCUGCUGUAAAAAAAGUGCUUAGUAAAGUUGGCUGGUCAGUAGAAGAUGUUGAUUUGUGGGAGCUGAAUGAAGCAUUUGCUGCGCAAAGUUUAGCAGUUUUGAGAGAACUUGGUCUUGAUAAGGACAAAGUUAAUGUAAAUGGUGGAGCUAUUGCCCUUGGGCAUCCAAUUGGUGCAUCCGGUGCAAGAAUUCUGGUGACUUUACUGCAUGCAAUGAAGCGACUUGAGAAGAAACGUGGUGUUGCUGCUCUCUGUGUUGGGGGCGGCAUGGGAAUUGCUCUUUGCGUAGAGCGAUCUUAAGUCACUGUGCAUGAUAUUUUACAUUAAUUGUUGAGUGGAUUAAAUAUUUUAAAGGUUGUUAUAGGUAUUGUUGAUUAGAUAGAUUUAUUUGAUAUAACCUGAUUUAAGGAUGCUAAAUUUUAAUAUUUUCUCUUUUGAACUUUUGAUCUUUUUUUUCUUUUGAUCCUGUUUAGUUUAUUAGCUCAAAUUAGUGCCUUUAUUAGGAAAUGAUUUCUAGGUUGUUUACGAGUUUCAUUCCAUUUGGUCAGUAAGAUAAUUUUUAAGAAUAAUAUAAACAGAAAAAUGUAUAUUUUUGUAGGAUAUGAUGCCUUACAUGCAUUUUUGUGAAUGCAUUCGUGAUAUGUAUAUCUACAGAGUCAUCUGCUUUUACAUUAAUAUAGUGCUUAAAAGGCUGUUCAUGGUCCACUAUAUAUAGGUCUUAAAUAUUAGGUGUUGUUUAUUUCAUAUUCUUUAUUUUAGAAAUAUGGUAUAGUUUGAUUAAUGACAAAUUUGAUUCACAAAUUCAUCAUAAGAGAAGACUGAAGCUUUAAUAAAUGUUUUGCAAGGUACAUGAUUAAAACCCAGUCAGUUUUAAUAAUAAUUCAACAGAUAUGGUGCAUAGUUAAAGAUGUUUUAUCUCAGAGAAAUUGCUUUGUAGCUGGAAGUGUUACCGAGUUAGUGAAAAAAAUAUGAUAGAAGAUUAAUAUAUAACACAUACCUAUGUAGAUUCUCUUUUAGUUAGAUAAUAUACACCUAUAAGAAAAAAAAUCAAUAAUCAUUUUGCUUUGAUACAUAAUGCAUUGGAUAUGAAAAGCACAAAAUGAUUUGGCAUAACUGACAGUAAUAUUUAUAUAUGUCUUGUAUGUACUAUUUGUGAAUGGUAGAUGUAAAUCUUUAUAUCCAUUUUCUUCAGAUCUGAAUAUGUAAUUUCAAGUAGGUGAUCAAUUUUGAUUAUUUGUUCUACCAAUUUUCCAUUUAUUAUUAAUAUGAUUGUUAUUGAUUUGCUACUAUUUCAGUAAGGGCAUUAUUGUUUUGUCAGGUAAAUGAAGUUUAGCAGUACAAGUUAUUUCUCAUUAUGCCAUGUUAACAGUUUUGGUUAACAGUUUUGAUUCUUAUUUUGUUACGUGGACUGGAGAUCUGUCUUCCACUUCUUAAGCAGGCAUUUGGUGAUCUGAUUUUGUGUGUUAUUGAUUCAAUUGUAUGAUUUUCAAUGUUUUACAGGAUAUUUGAAAUAGGUUUUACCAUUUAGAUAUUUAGAAUUCUCAUUUUACAGUAUGUGGUGUCUUCAUGGACACAUUUCCCCAUAUGCACUUGUUCUGGAGUUUUUUUUUUUUUUUUUGUGUGUGUGUGUGUGUGUGUGUGUGUGUGUGUGUGUGUGUGUGUGUGUGUGUGUGUGUGUGUGUGUGUGUGUGUGUGUGUGUGUGUGUGUGUGUGUGUGUGUGUUUGUUUGUUUGUUUUGCGUGUGCGUGUGUGUGCACACUCACGCGGGCAUGUCCAAUAUAUAUAUGUACAUAUGUGUGUAUUGGAAAGAAACAAAAGAUUUAAGUAAAAUUAGUAGUGUGCUCACAAGUACUAAAACCUAUCUGUGCAUACAUGAGUCCCAUAUAACAGUUCAGAAUCUGAUUUUUCUAGUGAGCUUGAUUGUAGUGACUGUGCAUUGAAAGGUAUGUAAACUGACAUGCAUAGUAGGACACAAUAUGGAACAGUAUAAGAAUGUUAUAUAGUAAGAUUGCAAGAGGACUUCAUGAAAUACUCAAAGACAAUUAAGUAACCAAACACUAGUCUCUGCAGAAGUUAGCUGAAGGUCACACCUAAGUAAUAAGUGGUUUGUUAUUAUUUAUAGAAUUCGGUGAGCAAGACCAAAGUAGGACUGAAAUUUGAAUGCCAGACACAUAAGGUUGUAAUGUGUGUUUAUAAACAAAAAAGAAAUGUAGAUAAGCAUAAAUAGGGCUGUGUAUGUAGUAUUGAUCACAUAUCCUGAAUGAUCAGGAUUUUUACCACAUUUUAUAUUAUACUUUACUGAAGAGAUCUUCAAGUAAAGUUCUUUAGAAGCUCAAGGAUUUAGGUUAUGAUACACCUAACAAAAGUAUUGUUAAGUUUUUUAGUUUUCCUGGUUUUGAUAAGUAGACAUUGAAUUAUUUUUAAGACUUGUUACAAGGGAAAAGGUGACAAAUUUGGAAUACAUUCUGCAAUAAGUCACAAAUAAUGUUGUAUCAUAUUUUAAUAUACUUUACUGAAGAGUAAUCCAUGUUAAGUUCUUCAGAAGCUCAAGGAUUUAGGUUAUGAUAUACCUAUCAUAAGCAUGGUUAUUCCUAUAGUUUUAAUAAGUAGAUUGAUUUAUUAUUUUUUAAUUAAGACUUGUUACAAGCAAAAAUACAACAAAUUUGGGAUACAGUUUGCAAUAAGUCACAAGUAAAUAAUUUUAUUUUUGUUGUUUUUUCUCAGGCUUUACGCUAGCUAUCUAUAUGGUAAUUAUUUUUAGUUCCAAGAAUAAAGCAACUAUUAUUUCAACAGGGACUUGCACAUACCAAUUCAAAGUGUAGAGGAAAAGUCUCCUUUGGGAUAGAUAGAUUGUCUUUGAAUAUGAAACUGCUAUUUUCAGUGCUCUCUUGUCAAAAGAUUCAGGUUAUUUUAUUUUGAAAAUGUUUAUUGGUUGUGGCAAUAAUUGUAAUUGUAUUUAGUGAAGUAAAGACUUUAUACACUA